AUGGUCAAGCCGUUCUACAAUGAAGAUAAAUUGAGGGCUGAUUCACUCAGCGACGCCUUGGUGUCCGCAGCAGCUAGAGGUCACCUGGAGAUCGUGAACCUCCUUCAAUCCAAGCCUGACUAUAAUGUGGACGCUAUGGGUCUGGGCAAGGCUUUCGUGAAAGCAGCAAGGAGAAGUCAAUUGCAGGUUCUGGAGCUUUUGUAUGCAAUUGAAGGGUACCAAGUUUCAGCUGAAGUACUGGAGACUGCAUUCCUUGCAGCAGUUAACCUUGGAAACCUGGAAGUGGUGAAAUUCCUCGAUAGCAAAAUAUUUGUUUCCCCGGAUUUCUACGUUAAAGCCUUUUUGAGUGCGGCUGUGGAGUGCAACACCACGUAUGUGACUGUUGGCAACCAAGUCGGCGUGUUGCAGUUCCUGUAUGCCAAAGGAUGCGUCCGUCCUGAGUUGAUCAGCCACAUUUUCCCUAAAGCCGCAGCUUGUAGCUCUCUCGAAGGGGUGGAGUUUCUAUACAAGAAGGGCUGUAUAUCGCCCGAUCUCGUUGACGCAGCAUUUGAGAAAGCGGUCCUUGAAAAUAGCGCUGAUGUGGUCGAAUUUCUCUACAAGACCGGCUUCGUCAGAACUGAGUCGGUCGAAGGAGCGUUUUUGAUCGCAGCAGAACGUGGUGAUGUGUAUAUCUUGGAAUGUCUGAUCGAAUGCGGCUGCACCUGUCGGGCUGUGCUGAAAGAAAGUCUGAAAAGCUGCUCGUCGGUCAUGACACGUAGGCUUUUGUUGCGUGCUUACAAGUCACUCGCACCAUAG